AUGAAGUACGACGUUUCGAAGGUGCGGGCGGUGGAGGCUGAACUCCUCGCCUUCUUCAGCCCCUCACGGCGGUAUGUUGAUCUUUCCCUCCCCAUGCUGCAGGUGCAAUCCGCCGUGGAUGCCUGCGCGGUUAUCCGGCCGAUGCUCUUUCCAUCAUCCCCCCAUCCUGAAAUCCCCCUGAAUGGUGCAAAACCGAUGCAACAAGCGGAAAAGAAGGCACCACGUUCGAUUUUGGAGAACACGGGCGUCUACCAUACCACGAUGGAUCUCCAAAACGCCCUUCGCUAUCACCCGGCGUGCAGGGAUAUGCUGCGCUACCGCGUGUUAAAUUCUCGCUACACGAAUAGCAUCGAUAAGCACUUCAAGGAAACUGGCAGCCGCGAGCACGGCUUCUCGACGAUUCAACGGGAGGUCGAGGCGGUGUGGGAAAACGCCCGCGCGGCGUACGAUUCGCUUCUGAAACUCCAGAAAGCCCCCUCUGCGGGCAAUCCAAUCAAGGAGGAUGAUUUAUCCGCUUUAGUAUCUUCAUCCUCGUCUUCUUUAAGGAUGCCAUGUGCGGCGGCGCUGCCGGAUCGGGUGGUUUUCGUUAUCCUGCAUAGCGGCAGUCAACACGCGUUGCCGGUGGGGGAGCCGAUGCGGGAAUUUUGCGAACGUCUCCGCUUCCUCGUGGAUGAGGGGCCGUGGGGGGCGAAAAUACUUCGCGUGGUGCCCGUGCGCAUCGGACUUCAGGACUUUGAGUUAAAGGGCCCCCCAAAUCCCCACGAUGGCCACACACCCGCUGAAACAACCGAGGAAACGAAUUACCCAGAGACUUGCGUGGGGUGGGAUCGCGCGGGGGAAGAGGAGGAGGGGGCGUGUGGCAUCUUUUCCUCCUCGCUUCAUUUUCCGCAUGGCGGAUUGUUCACCCUCCACGGCGUUCUCCAACGACUUCGCGCGCUGCCCUCUCUUUGCAUCCCUUCGUCGUCUCCCUCUUCCUCGAUCUCAACCGGAGAGAAUGGCGUUCUUAAACGACGCGUUUUGGUGCUUUCGGAUGCCUGGCUGCAGCCUCGCCUGACGGCCGCGAUGCACGGCGCCGCGAUCGAUCCAGAGAGGGAUUGGUUAGAGCGAAAGGGCCUUACAGACGGCGUGAGGGUGGCCCGCAAAAAGACAGGAAAAGCUCACAGAAAGUCCCCCAGAGAACGUCGAAGGCGUUUUGGAAGGGGUGAGCAUGUCGUGAAUGUGUUCCCUGCCGUUAUGAGUGAGGGCUUGACCGCAAAGGAGAUCGAUGCGUUUGCGCGGUAUGCUCUGGUGCAUUACAUUUUAAGUUAG